GUUUUCCCUCGAUGAGAACCUUCAACAACUUCCUUUUGAUCUAUGUUACCAUUCUCAAUAUCCUAACGACCAUUUAAAGAAAUAUAUGGUUAUGCCUCACAAGUUGGGCUACCAAGAGUCCCGAGACGACAUGAUUCAGUGAAACACCGCUCAGGCUAUGUUUGAGCCACCCGGGAGUAUUUCUCACAAGUGGCUCAAAGUUUAACGUGAACGCGAAAUGCCACAGUAUAAGGUCCAUAGGUUCUGCCCCACCUCUAUGCUUCUACAUUUUCGUGCAGAGACAUCAUGUCGACUUCCAAUAGCUCCGUUCAAUUGAUACAUGUUCUACCACGACUCCCGAACGCGACAGAAUCUCCACUCAUCAAACGGCUUCAAGCUUCUUUUACAGGCAAGAUAGCUAGCAACCAUCCGAAUGCAAAGAUCCAACAUCGCAAGCUACAUUUUGGUGGGACAUUCAACGCAACAUAUGAAAGAUGGCAGAACACCGAAGCUCUAUUAAACAUGUGUCUUCACCUCACCGUCUGGUCCGCUCAUCUUGCGGUAUUCGAACAUAAACCUGCUUCAGUUGCGACUUACGCCGUGUUCUGGCUCUGCGAAGAAGCCUCUCUCGAAGGUGCAAUCGAACCCGGGCGCCCAAAUUAUCCCAUCGCGCCACCUUGGGAAGACCUAGCAGAGGAUUCUACCGCAAGAAAGAUAAAUAUGACAAUAUACGUCGUGACGACUGAGGGACGCGAAGUUCCACCUGAAGUGCUUCGACGUUGCUCUCCUAUCCCACUUGAGACGAUUUUAUCUCUACCAUUAUUGCCAAGCUACGAAUUCGAAGCAGGGCCAAGCACUCAGGCGGGUGUGCAAGUGCUCAACCUGCAUGAUACGAAACUCCUUUCGUACGAAUUCGGACCUCUAGGGUCAUCCAAAUACCAAAUCGCAUUUGGGUUGUGGGAGCCAUUCAUUGGAGACGACCUCGUCGUUCGCUCUGACUUGGCGUGCGGUCCUGAAUGAAACGCAGUGACUACCUUGUUCUGAGAUUCGGUUGUUUCUUCGUAUCAUCCGAGAUGCACCAUGUUUAAACUUGGCUUAGGAUUGAUUCUGAAUCUCAGGAUGCUUUGGCUUGUUGGCCUACGCCACUUUCGAACAAUUGGCCGAUUUCUUAGACACUGUACUGUAGUACUUCUCUGCAAUGUCUGCCUAAGACUCAAUUCGCACA